UCGUGACGUCAGGGACGGGGCGUCAAGGUGAAGAAGAUGGCGGCGGCCAUUUUGGCGAGGUUGCCCGGACGCCUGAGGCCGGUCCUGGGCGCGGGGCUUCCCGGCCGCGUUUCGACCCGGUCCACGUUCAACCUCCGAGAUGAGAACGCCAAACCCAACUGGCUGAAAGUUGGCCUGACCCUUGGCACCAGUGUGUUUCUCUGGGCCUUUCUCAUCCAUCAACAUAAUGAAGAUGUUUUAGAAUACAAAAGAAGAAAUGGAUUGGAAUGAAACAAUGGGAACUGUUUGCCCGAGGUGUGCUACAACUGACAUUCUUGAUCAUCGUUCUGAGGACUAAUAUGGGGAAAAAAACUCUCCGAAUAUCGCAUCAGCGUGUGUGCUGCCUUCUGAAAUCUAUAAAUAAAAACAUCUAGAAAAGGA